AUGGAACACAAUAUGCACAAUAAUACUCCAUUGCAUUGGGGCUACGGUUCGGCAGCUGUACCAACUACGCCGCAAAAUCAUUGGGUGCCACCACCACAAACUCAUUCUCUGAAGCGUGCAAUGUCUGAAAGUGAUUGUGAAGAAUUAUUCUCUGAAGAAUCGUCCAAAGAACAAAUUUCACCCAGUGAGCCCGGUAGUUGUCAACUAAUGAGUCGCAAGAAGAGACGUGGUGUUAUUGAGAAGAAACGACGUGAUCGUAUAAAUUCUUCAUUAUCAGAACUUAAGCGUCUAGUACCUUCUGCUUAUGAAAAACAAGGUUCAGCUAAAUUGGAGAAAGCGGAAAUUCUACAACUCACUGUAGAGCAUCUAAAAAAUUUGCAAUCGAAAGCAGGUAUGGAUUCACUAAGCUAUGACCCUCAACGAUUUGCCAUGGAUUAUCACAUUAUCGGUUUUAGAGAGUGCGCAGCAGAGGUUGCACGUUAUUUAGUCACUAUCGAAGGUAUGGAUAUACAGGAUCCUUUACGUUUACGUCUUAUGUCGCACUUGCAGUACUUUGCACAACAACGCGAAUUAUCAGCAAAAAGUUGUGCAAGUCCCGGCAGUUGGUCGGCAGCUUCUGCGGCCACAGCCUAUCAACCGAAUUGCGCUGUAGCGCCAUAUCAAACAUAUCCAUCCAGCGCAUCAAUACACGCUAGCACUACAUCAUCCUAUGUACCUAAUUUACCUGCACCAAUACAUCCAUAUCCAGCACUCAGUUCAUCACCUAGCUCUAAUCAUAUACAACAGCAACACGCGACGCAAUCGCAGUUACAUGUUAGUCGCGCCAGUUCCGUUGGUGGUACAACAACAAAUGAAACAAUGCCACUAAUAAAUCACGCAACAGCACAACAACAAUCACAUCAGUCACAAACUCAAACAAAUCACGUUCAACAACCAGCAACAUCACACGAAUCGCAUCAUCAGGCUCAACAACAGCAACACUAUACACAAGAGCAUACGACACAUCAGGAGAGUGCCACAUAUAUUGAAUUGACAAGUACGCAGAGUCAUGCCACACAUCGCAAUGUUACACCAGCAAUUGCUGGUCUUGGUUAUGGUAACGUGCCAAAUCAAUAUUCCGCUACCUCACCGCAAGAGUAUAACCCAAAUGCUGGACUUAAUUAUGUAUCAUCGAAUGGUUCGAAACCAUAUAGACCAUGGGGAGCUGAAAUGGCAUAUUAAUGUACUUUUGUUGAUAUAGAUAUCUCCUCAAUCUAUUAGAAGAAACAAUUUACGAAGUCAUGUUUAACAAUGUUUCCCAGAGUUGUAUUAAUGUAAAUUGGCUUGGCCAUUGCUAUUCUCUCAAUUAGCAAAUCUUUUUAGAAUAUAUGAAAAGUAACGAACUUUACGG